ACGCACGCACUUGCAAGUUCGUACCAACACAAGCUUAGCCAUGACGAUGAGGAAGCGCCCAUCCGCGUCCUCUCUUCUCGUAGCACCGUUGCUGCUUAUGCUUCUUCCAGUGUUUGCUCUUGCUGCCGGGAGGCACAACCUGAUCACUAGAGACCCUCAGUACGGCCCACGGGCGAACCCAAAUCCAGAACCACUACCAGGAAAACAGCCAGAUCCAAACCCUCAACCAUUGCCGGGACCACAACCAGACCCAAAGCCGCAACCGCUACCCGAGUCUAAACCUCAUACAAACCCACAACCACUGCCAGAUCCACAACCUGAUCCAAACGCUCAACCAUUACCAGGACCACACCCUGACUCAAAUCCACAACUAUUGCCAGGACAAAACCUGCAACAGUUGAUGAACCCACAGCCAAACACAAAGCCGCGGCCACUACCAGACCCACGAGCAAAACCAAACCCUCGGCCAUUACCAAGACUGCAGCCUGAUCGAAAUCCACAACCAUUACCAGACCCAAACCCGAAACCAUUGCCGGACCCACAGCCAAACCCAAACCCUAAGCCACUACCAGGGCCGCAACCUGAUCCAAACCCACAACCAUUACCAGAACCAAACCCAAAACCAUUGCCGGACCCACAACCAAACCCAAACCCUCAGCCAUUACCAGGACCACAGCCUGAUCCAAACCCAGAACCAUUACCAGACCCACAACCAAACCCAAACCCUCAGCCAUUACCAGGACCACAGCCUGAUCCAAACCCAGAACCAUUGCCAGACCCAAACCCGAUACCAUUGCCGAACCCACAGCCAAACCUAAACCCUCAGCCAUUACCAGGACCACAGCCUCAUCCAAACCCGCAACCAUUACCAGACCCAAACCCGAAGCCAUUGCCGGACCCACAGCCAAACCCAAACCCUCAGCCAUUACCAGGACCGCAACCUGAUCCAAACCCACAACCAUUACCGGACCCGAAUCCACAACCACUGCCUGACCCGAAUGCACAACCAAAACCACCACUUGGGACUCAAGCAGAAAAAGGAAAUGGUGAAGCAAACGUCCAAGAGUAAUUGUUGGCAUGAGAUGUUCGGGUACAUCAACCAUGCCAGACAUAGUAUCAUCAUUACUUAUAUUGCCGGUUGGAUUAAAUAAGUGGUGUGUUGUAACCCACCACCAUUAAGUCAUCCCAUGCUAUAUAAUGUCAAGAUCAAUCAAGAUUAGGGCAUGAUGCCCAUGUAAAUCUUGUGAUUGUUCUUAUUUACUUUUCUGGCUUGUACGGAGGAUGAUGGCUUGUGUGUGCUGGUUGUACUAUGAUUGUGUGAUGAUAUAUACUAAAAAAAUUACGUUGUACCUUUA